AAAACAUACAAAGAAAAUAUUUGGACUUUUUAUUUGUGCAAAACUUUGCUUACUUUUGGCACACUUCCACACUUCUGCAUCGAUUUUUCACCCUUCUUUUUAGCCAAAUUUUCACUAUACUCGAAGAUGUCGCUGCCAUUCAUAUUUAGUCAGUUCAGUCCAGUCCAUCGUGUAUUUUAGUCAGCGGAAAAACUCUACGUAUACACCACACGAAAAUUCUAUAAAACAAUGUCGACUUUGAAGUGCUACCAAGACGAGGAGCGCGAGUCUCAAUAUGGCCGCGUUUAUGCCGUUUCCGGUCCCGUUGUUACCGCCGAACGUAUGUCUGGCUCUGCUAUGUACGAGUUGGUGCGUGUAGGUUACUACGAAUUGGUCGGUGAGAUCAUUCGCUUGGAGGGCGAUAUGGCCACUAUACAGGUGUAUGAAGAAACUUCCGGUGUAACUGUUGGUGAUCCAGUCUUGCGUACUGGCAAACCUUUGUCUGUUGAAUUGGGUCCCGGUAUUUUGGGCAGUAUUUUCGACGGUAUCCAACGUCCGCUUAAGGACAUUGGCGAAAGUAGCGGCUCAAUUUAUAUACCAAAAGGUGUAAAUAUACCCUCGCUCUCACGCACUGAAGCUUGGGAAUUCAAUCCGACAAAUGUGCGUGUCGGUUCACACAUUACUGGCGGUGAUCUGUAUGGCAUUGUGCAGGAGAAUACACUUGUGAAACAUCGUCUAAUAGUUGGCCCACGUUGCAAGGGUACAGUUCGUUACAUUGCACCACCCGGUAACUAUACUGUGGAGGAUGUGAUUUUGGAGACGGAGUUCGAUGGUGAAAUCACCAAGCACACAAUGUUGCAAGUGUGGCCGGUGCGCCAGCCACGUCCUGUUACGGAGAAGCUGCCCGCAAAUCAUCCGCUGUUUACUGGCCAACGUGUUUUAGAUUCGCUUUUCCCCUGUGUACAAGGUGGUACCACCGCCAUUCCCGGAGCUUUCGGUUGUGGCAAAACUGUCAUCUCACAGGCACUCUCCAAAUAUUCCAACUCCGAUGUGAUUAUUUAUGUCGGUUGCGGGGAACGUGGUAACGAGAUGUCUGAGGUACUUCGUGAUUUCCCCGAACUUACUUGCGAAAUCGAUGGUGUUGUAGAAUCUAUUAUGAAGCGUACUGCACUGGUUGCCAACACCUCCAACAUGCCUGUCGCUGCGCGUGAAGCCUCCAUUUAUACCGGUAUUACGCUCUCCGAAUAUUUCCGUGAUAUGGGUUACAAUGUUGCUAUGAUGGCUGAUUCAACUUCACGUUGGGCUGAGGCUCUACGUGAAAUCUCCGGUCGUUUGGCUGAAAUGCCUGCCGAUUCUGGUUAUCCAGCGUACUUGGGUGCACGUCUCGCCUCCUUCUACGAGCGUGCUGGUCGCGUUAAAUGUUUGGGUAACCCUGAACGUGAGGGUUCCGUCUCCAUUGUCGGUGCUGUAUCACCACCUGGUGGUGAUUUCUCAGAUCCUGUCACCUCCGCCACUUUGGGUAUCGUACAAGUGUUCUGGGGUUUGGAUAAGAAACUAGCACAGCGUAAACAUUUCCCUUCAAUCAAUUGGUUGAUUUCAUACUCGAAAUAUAUGCGUGCACUGGAUGAAUAUUACGACAAGAAUUUCCCAGAAUUUGUACCACUACGUACAAAGGUCAAAGAGAUUUUGCAAGAGGAAGAGGAUUUAUCGGAAAUUGUACAGUUGGUUGGCAAGGCUUCGUUGGCGGAAACAGACAAAAUUACAUUGGAGGUGGCGAAAUUGGUCAAAGAUGACUUUCUACAACAGAACUCGUAUUCGCCAUACGAUCGCGUGUGCCCAUUUUACAAAACUGUGGGCAUGUUGAGAAAUAUGUUGGCAUUUUAUGAGCUCGCCCGCCACGCCGUUGAAUCCACUGCCCAGUCAGAUAAUAAGAUCACAUGGAAUACCAUACGCGAUGCUAUGGGCAACAUCCUCUACCAGCUAUCUUCAAUGAAAUUCAAGGAUCCAGUCAAAGAUGGUGAAGCGAAAAUUAAAGCGGACUACGAGCAACUUCACGAAGAUUUGCAGCAAGCUUUUCGAAAUCUAGAAGACUAAGUCUAAGUCUAGAGGCUCUGCGCGGCACAAAAACUAACACAUCCAAAGCCAAGUAAUAUAAAAUUAAAGAAUUUCGGUUUAAGCAAACCAUCGAAAUAUUUUCGUUUAUCCAUAUUUAUAAGUAUAACCGUUAUAUUUCAAGCUAGUCAUUUCAACUAGUCAUUUACAUAACUACGUGUUAACGUAAUAUUUAUGAAAGUAAAAAAAAAUAAUAAACUUAGGAUCAGUUUAAAAACAAAAUAUACAAACAUAGUAUUGACCCUUAAUUUACCUCUUAAUGUCCUAUAAGCAAGAGUUAUUAUUGUAUAUCUUAAACAGCAUAAUGGAAAUGAAUGAAUGGUGAGACUACACCAACUUUUUGGGAACAAAUCACCUAUUGAAAGACGAACAAUAACUAGUGGCUAAUGAAUAACAAAUGUAUAAGCAAACGAACCAAAGAAAAUUCAACUACAAUACAACAAAACAAAUAACUACUAUAUGUAUGUACAUUAUAUGAUUAGAAAAUAAUUGUGCGAAAGAAUUUAAGUAAAUUAUUCAAAAAAAUAUUUAACUGCAUUGUUACAAUUUAAAAAGAGUUUGGCUGAAAAUUUAAAAACAAAAAAUACAAAGUAUUCAUAUAUUUAUGUGCGUUUAAUACUGAAAUAUCACUGUUAUUAAGUCAAGAUAAAUAUCUUUGAAAUUUUUUUGUUUGUUUGUGUAUUGGUUGUUAUACAUAUGUAAAUACUUAUAUCUUCGCUGGUCUUACGAAUCGUCAUUUGAAUAUUUUAAUAUAUAAACAAUAUAAUUUGUUUUCCGCUUAAUUGUUUUAGGUUAUU